AUGUCGGACGAAACAACACCGUUGAACACUGCACCCAGCAGCUCGGGAUACGUGGCGCUGCCGCCCUUUCAAGGGCCCACCUACGUGUUUCCUGGCGGUGUCUCACCACGUGCGCGUCGCUCCAAAAUGAAGCAGUUCCAAUGCUGCAUCGCCAUGACCUUUAUUGUGAUUGUCAUUGCCGCUUUAUGUCUGGCACUCUGGCUCAGCGGCAGUGGGUACGCUGAUAACUUGGGCGCCGGUCCCAGCUUUUUCUUCGCCACAAAUGAAACACAGCCCACAGUAAGCGAAACAUUGGCGGCCACCAAGCGACCGCUGCCUGAUGAGCCAGUAGCGGCUUGGGCGCUGCACCACGCUAAGCUAGAUCAGGCUGAGAGCAAACGCGCUGUGAGCGCAGGACUUAAAGCUCUAGGAGAUCGUGAGAUAUUCGAGGAGGGCCUGCAGCCGAGCGCCGUAAACACGCCACAGUUUCGUCACUAUCGUUCGCUCAACACCAAUCCGGAGGCACGCAAAUUGGCUCGUCGCGGCUACGUGGAGAAUCAUGCCACGCUGGAUAUUGCACAGCGAUUCAACUACAGCAAGCAGCCGGGACGCAGCAACAUAGGCAGGGGACCACCCAUAGUGCUAUCGGAUCAGGGUACGCCCCGCCUGAACUGCGACUUUAAUGCAAAAUAUCGACGCAGCACAGGCGUGUGCAACAAUAGGGAACAUCCCAGAACGUAUGGCGCCUCAAUGGUGCCCUACCGUCGCAUGGUGGCGCCGGAUUAUGCCGAUGGCAUCGCUGCUCCCAGAGCUAGUCAUCACAGCAAGCUGCCGCCGGCGCGGCAAGUAUCGCUGAGCAUACAUCGCUCCAGCUAUGAGACGGACUCAAAUUUUACGGUCAUGCUGGCGGUGUUUGGGCAGUUCUUGGAUCACGACAUAACCGCCACAUCGCUGACCACUGCACAGGAGGGUGAUUCGAUUGACUGCUGUGCUCUAGGCACUCUGGAGCAGCAUCCGGAAUGCUUUCCGGUGCGCAUACUACGCGACGAUCCCUACUACAAGCAGUAUAACCUCACAUGCAUGAAUUUUGUGCGCUCUGCGCCCGCGCCCACGGGCAGAUUCGGACCCAGGCAGCAGUUCAAUCAGGCUACGGCCUUUAUAGACGCUUCUGUGGUCUACGGCAAUCUGGAGCAGCGCCAGCGCCAGCUCCGCACCUAUAUCAAUGGCACACUGCGCAUGUAUAUAACGGACGACGGACGCGAGCUGUUGCCCAUAUCCUCAAAUGCGGAGGAUGGCUGCAAUCGCGUGCAGAUGACGCGUCAGGGCAAAUAUUGCUUCGAGUCUGGCGAUGAUCGUGCCAAUGAGAAUCUGCUGCUUACCUCCAUGCAUCUGCUGUGGGCCAGGCAUCAUAACUACUUGGCGCGUGGCUUGCAUGAGUUGAAUCCAGAGUGGGAUGAUGAGCGUCUCUACCAGGAGGCACGCAGAAUUGUUGGCGCUCAGCUGGCUCACAUUACAUACAACGAGUUUCUGCCCGUGCUGUUGGGUCGUAAUCUGACAAAGGCAAAGGGCUUGCUGCCCGCUGGCGAUAAUCUAAAUGCAGCUGAUACUUACGAUCCACAAGUGGAUCCUAGCAUUGCCAAUUGCUUUUCCGCAGCCGCUUUCCGUUUCGCGCACACCUUGCUGCCAGGAUUAUUUAAUAUAUCGCGGGAUAAUAGCACACCCGAGGCAAUCGAGCUGCACAAGAUGCUGUUUAAUCCGUUCUCGCUGUGGGCACGUCAUGGCAUUGACCAUGCGCUCUUGACGGCUACAAAUACGCCCGUGCAGCGUGUGGAUCGCUUUUUCUCUUUGGAAAUAACGCAGAAGCUUUUCGAAGGCACCGCCGAGGAUCAUUUGCCUCUCUGUGGCCUUGACCUGGUCUCGCUGAACAUACAACGUGGACGUGACCAUGGCAUACCUGCCUAUACAGUAUUUCGUCGCCAUUGCCAUCUGCCGCCCGUGGACACCUGGCAGCAAAUGGCACUGGCCAUAGAUAAUGCCACCUUGGGAUCGAUUAGGCAAAUCUACAGCUCUCCACAGGAUGUGGAUGUUUAUACGGGCGCACUAAGUGAGCCGCCGCUCCAGGGCGCCAUCUUCGGGCCACUGCUCAGCUGCCUGGUCUCGGAUCAGUUUAUACGCCUCAAGCUGGGCGAUUCUCAUUGGUAUGAGCGCAAACUGGGUCCACAAAGAUUCACCAAAGCGCAAUUGGCGGAGAUUUAUAAAACCAGCCUGGCGGCCAUUGUCUGUCGCAAUUCGGACAACAUUCAACGCGUGCGGGAACAUCUUAUGGAACGCCAUCGAGUCGACGGCAAUAGCUAUUUCAACUGUCAGGAGUUGCCAGGUUAUGCCUUUGACUUUGAGCCUUGGUCAGAGUCCAAAGCUGCGCCCGAAUUACACAAAGCUGGAUUCAGUCAAGCCAUGACGUUCGUGCGUGUAAUGCAAGCACCAAACAGACAAAAUAUUACCAAAUCAACGAGCUUAAAUUAAAAGCUCAUUCCAAUAUAUCUGCAAUAAAUUAAAAUUCUGAACAGUGUCCUUGAAACUAAUACCAACCAGACUGAUAAGCGCCACAUUAA